AUGAACGGCGACCCCCGUAGCGACAACAACGACGUCGACCUCUAUGAGGUCCUCGGCGUCCCCAAAGAUGCCUCCCAGGCUGAUAUCAGAAAGGCUUACCGCAAGGCCGCCCUGACCCAUCACCCUGACAAAGUUCCAGACGAGCAGAAAGAAGAAGCCGAGGCUCGAUUCAAGGCAGUGACUCAGGCCUAUGAAAUCCUGUACGAUGAUGAAAAAAGACAAAUGUACGACAGAUACGGUAUGGCCGCGUUCGACAGCUCCAGAGGAGGGCCCGGUGGCAUGGGCGGCGAAGUCAACAUGGAAGACAUUCUGAACAUGUUCGGUAUGGGCGGCGGGAUGCCCGGCAUGGGAGGCAUGGGAGGAGCACGGAAGAUGCGACGAAGUCCCGAUGAGAAUCAAAAAUACGAGGUGACGCUGGAAGACCUGUACAAGGGCAAGACGGUCAAGUUCUCCAGCACGAAGAACGUCAUAUGCUCCAAGUGCACCGGGACCGGCGGUGUGGAAAAGGCCCAGCCCAAGGAAUGUUCGACCUGUAAGGGCAAGGGUGUCAGGCAGAUCUUGAGCCAAGUUGGCCCGGGCAUGUUGACGCAGCGUAUGGUCGAGUGCGGUGCCUGCGAAGGCACAGGCCAGGUCUGGAAUCCCAAAGACAAAUGCAAGAAGUGCAAAGGCAAGCGGGUCACUGAAGAAAGGAAACAGCUGGAACUCUAUAUCCCUCGGGGUGCCAGAGAAGGCGAUCAGAUCAAACUCGAGGGCGAGGCGGAUCAGGUCCCGGGGGCAGAGCAGACGGGCGAUAUCAUCUUCCAUCUGGUCGAGCUUCCACAUGAGACCUUCCAGCGGACCGGCAAUGAUCUCACCGCGAAACUCUCCAUCACUCUAGGCGAAGCUCUUACCGGCUUCCACCGCGUCGUUCUCAAGCAUCUCGACGGGCGAGGCAUCGAACUUCACCAUCCCCAGACACCCGGCCAGGUGCUUCGAGCGGGUGAAGUCCUCAAGGUGCGCGGUGAAGGAAUGCCUUUGAAGAGGAGUGAUGCUAAAGGCGAUCUCUAUCUUCUCGUCGAGAUCGAGUUCCCUGAAGACGGCUACUUCUCCGACCCGGCCGCCCUCGAGGCUCUGCGGAAAUUGCUGCCGCCGCCGCCUCCACCGAUCGAGGCCGACGAAACCGACGAAGUUGGCUUCGAGGUCGCCGACAUCGAGGAGAUCGGCGGUCAGGAUGGCCGAGAUGCCUGGGAAGACGACGAAGGGCCUCAGCAGGCUCAAUGCCAAACCCAGUAA